UUCAUCAAUAGAGCACAAGAUUCAUGUUCAUAAGUGCUAAGAGGAUUCGCUUUAAAAUUACUGCUGCUUGGAGAAAAGACACAGAACCGUCAUGGAUGCCCAGGAGCAAAGAGGCGGUCUUGAAUCACCUUUGAUUCCUGAUGCUCUACAAUCAAGAAAGGAGCUGUUGAAUAUAGAUAAUCCAACAGAAAUCUAUGAGGAAGUGAAUAGGCAGCUGUUGUUAGCAGGACCACUUGUGUCAUCAAACUUCCUCCUAUUUGGUAUGCAAGUUAUUUCAGUCAUGUAUGUUGGCCAUCUUGGAGAGCUUUCACUUGCAGGUGCUUCAAUGGCUACUUCAUUCGCUUCAGUCACCGGUUUGAGCUUGAUAGUUGGAAUGUGUAGCGCACUGGACACAUUCUGUGGUCAAUCCUAUGGAGCAAAACAGUAUCGAAUGCUUGGUAUACAUAUGCAGAGGGCAAUGGUUGUUCUGUUGCUGGUGAGCAUUCCGCUGGCAAUUAUAUGGUAUAAUGCAGGAAAAAUUCUUCAGUUCUUGGGUCAAGAUCCAGAAAUAUCCUCUGCUGCGGGAGAUUAUGCUCGUUUGAUGAUACCUUGCAUUUUCGCUUAUGCGAUCCUACAAUGUCAUGCUAGAUUCUUGCAAACACAGAACAAUGUGAAUCCGAUGAUCAUUAGCACUGGAACUGCAACACUGCUACACUUGCUUAUCUGUUGGGUUCUGGUAUACAAGACCAGCCUUGGGUAUAAAGGCGCUGCUGUGGCAAAUGCAGUCACCUAUUGGAUCAACGCAUUGUUAUUGUGUGUGUAUGUAAGAAUUUCUCCAUCCUGCAAGAAGACAUGGACUGGAUUCUCAAAGGAGGCCUUUCAUGGACUUCCCACUUUUCUAAGACUUUCAAUUCCUUCAGCUGUCAUGCUCAGCUUAGAGAUAUGGUCAUUUGAAAUGUUGGUUCUUACAUCUGGUUUUCUUCCAAAUCCAAAGCUUGAGGCCUCAGUCCUGUCAAUCAGCCUUAACACAUGUGCAAUGGCAUACAUGAUUCCCCUUGCAUUCAGUGGUGCAGCAAGCACAAGAGUAUCGAAUCAUUUGGGUGCUGGGAAACCGAGACUGGCACGUCAAGCUGCAUAUGUUUCACUAUGCCUUGUUCUUGUUGAAGGCAGCAUUGGUGCUGCUGUCAUGAUAUUUGGUCGAAAAAUAUGGGGAUAUUGUUAUAGCAAUGAAGAACAAGUCGUGAAUUAUGUUAGUGAAAUGUUAAUUUUUGUUGCAAUAUCCCACUUCGUUGAUGGACCUCAAUCUGUUUUCUCAGGUGUCAUCAGAGGAAGUGGGCAGCAGAAGAUUGGAGCAUAUGUUAAUCUGGGAGCUUAUUAUCUUAUAGGCAUUCCUACUGGUCUAGUAUUUGCUUUUGGCCUCCACAUUGGAGGAAAGGGUCUUUGGAUAGGAAUUGUCCUGGCGCUAUUUGUACAAGCAAUAAGUCUUGCAAUCAUAGUCAUGUGCACAGACUGGGAGAAAGAAGUGAAGAAAGCUUCUGAUAGGGUGCACAAUGCAGUCAGUGCGGGUGAUUUGUCGUAAAGAUUAUGCUAAAAUCAAUUAUCAUAUUACAUAUUGGGACCUAAUUACUGGGUUGAUGUUAGACAAAUUUUGAAGAAAACAUUAUGCAGGAUUUGCUGUGGAUUUUUUGUUUACUACGCGUU